CAUCAUGAUCAUCAUCAUCAGCAGCAUUCAGAGUUCAGAAUCCCGAUUGUCGGUUCGUCACCUCUUUUUCUCGGAACUGGGGAGUUUUUUGAACGACACAGUUUCAUUCUCGAUCAUCAGCGUACCUGCUCCACCUAAGUGGAUGGAAGAGGCCGCUAAAGCCCUGGAAAAAUGCGAACUAGAAAUUAUGAAUCAUCAUAAGCUGAAGCACGAUGCUCUGUUGUGAUCCACAAGAUAGAUGAGGACACCUCCAAUUGCACCGUGUGCUUCGCCAGAGUUAACUCCUCUCAGAAAGCCGUCUUCGCCUCGAGCCGAACUAUUUUCUUAAGUUCACUAUCUUGACUGAGGCGACGAGAUUGUCUAGAAAUCCAUCGAAGAAGAGCAGCAGCCCAGUCGAGCACAAACCAAUAUUGAAACCAGUCAAUGCAUCUUCUUCUUUGACUGACAGACAAGGCAUGUGAAUCCGUGUGAAUCCGUGUUUGACUUAUCCAACCAAUGGCGAUAUUUGAGCAGCUCAGGCUAUUUCUGUUCUCAAGAUUGGCGAACUUCAAGUGAACCCGAAUCUCCCAGUCAGUCAGGAGUUUAACUAAUUGCCGACAUGUCCAACUUUGUGCUCGAUUCGGCGGGCAGUGAUUCCACGAAGGAGAACUACAGCAAAGUGGUGCUCAAAAAGGAGAUGAUCAUGUCCGUGGCGGAACAAGAAACCAGGGAUAUUUCCUCUAUGAGUCUGGUGAAGAAGCGCAUCUCAGAAAUGUCCCAAGGGAGGUCACCUGGCCACCAUGGCCCAACGGUGUGCACAACGAAAAUUCCCAGUCUGGGCAAUCGACCCCUGGAGAGACCUCACCCACCACAACACAUCUUCUACGCGCCCAAACCCUAUUACAAUGCCACUAGCCAGCAUAAAAUGGCUAGAUUAGAAGAGUGUGUGUCCAAUGAACCCAACGAGCCACCCACGCCGGAAGUUCCUCCCAGAAGAUCCAGUCAAUCUCAUGGAGCCAGUCCCAAGCCCAAGUUACCUCCGAAACCUCGAAAUCUUGCAAUGAAAGGAGCCCAAGAAAGCGGCGCAAGUGGCACUGUCAACGACGGCCGUCACUGCGCAGAUUCAGUUUUGGCUCGACCGGCCGAGAUUCGGGAUGAGGACCAACCUUGGCCUUUACCCAAGCGAUUCCAAUCAAAAUCCAUUAGCUACCCCUAUGUAACUAGUCUUCAGUCCAUGGACAAGGCCGAUCUCUUGGAGAGGCGAAGGUCUUGUUCAGAGUUUCAAGAUCUCAUCCAAAAGAAGGGGGAAAUUCGAGACAGAAUUCUGUCCAAGAUUCAAUUGCUUCGGGAUGAGCGGGAUCUCAUUGUGGAGGAGAAACGAAACAAUGAUCAAAUGGGCCAAGCCAUCCUUGAUGAAUUAGAAUCGGUCGCCAAUUCCACCGAGGUCGAUCGAGUCUACAAAUUCUUACAGGAAGUGGAGCAGAUCACCAAACUGAGGGUCGGCCUCCAGAUUCGCCUAAGUCGGGCCCAGAAGCUUCUCCAAAGAAGAGAUAUUACCCCUAAGGAAAAGGAAGCACUCGAGUUCAAAAUCGCGAGGCUGACUGAGCAAAUCCGAGAGGCUGACGACCUUCAAGGUCACACCAACCGACGCAGAAGCGCCAUCGAGGCCAUUCUCCAGAAGUAUAACUUUCAGAACAAAAACUACGAAGAGGAUGAGGGCGAUCUGUUCACUCGGUUUCUGGAUUUCUUGCAAACCCUCGUGUCAAAAAUCACCGAACAAAAGGAGAUGGACCAACGUGUCCAAGAAGGCGAGGAGCAGAUUGUAGCAUUAAAUGAUAGCAAUAACUCCUUCAACAACUCGUCCUUGUCAGAGCAAUAAUUAUGUGGUCAGUCCAAGGCUUCGAAUACAACACAUAUAGUAUUUACGAAAACAGCUGUUGUGUCUGUCUACCUUCUUGAGAGAAAUGUUGUGACCGGCUCAGAAAUUGGUUUCAAGGUUUAAAUUUUUGGCGAAUAUUGAUCUCGAAAAAAAUUGGACCCGCUUUGGCUGAAGCUUA